AUGGGGAAGGAGCAGGAGCUGGUGCAGGCGGUGAAGGCGGAGGACGUGGGGACCGCGCAGAGGCUGCUGCAGAGGCCGCGGCCGGGGAAGGCCAAGCUCCUGGGCUCCACCAAGAAGAUCAACGUCAACUUCCAAGACCCGGAUGGCUUCUCUGCCCUGCACCAUGCGGCCCUGAAUGGCAACACAGAAUUGAUCACGCUGCUGCUGGAAGCCCAGGCUGCCGUGGACAUCAAGGACAACAAAGGCAUGCGGCCACUGCACUAUGCGGCCUGGCAGGGUCGGAAGGAGCCCAUGAAGCUGGUGCUAAAGGCGGGCUCGGCGGUGAACAUCCCAUCGGACGAGGGCCACAUCCCCCUGCACCUGGCAGCCCAGCAUGGUCACUAUGACGUGUCUGAGAUGCUGCUUCAGCACCAGUCCAACCCGUGCAUGGUGGACAACUCGGGGAAGACGCCCCUGGACCUGGCCUGUGAGUUCGGCCGCGUUGGGGUGGUCCAGCUGCUCCUGAGCAGCAAUAUGUGUGCGGCGUUGCUGGAGCCCCGGCCGGGGGACACCACUGACCCCAAUGGCACCAGCCCCUUGCACCUGGCAGCCAAGAACGGCCAUAUUGACAUCAUCAGACUCCUCCUCCAAGCUGGCAUUGACAUUAACCGCCAGACCAAGUCCGGCACGGCCCUGCAUGAGGCCGCACUCUGCGGGAAGACGGAAGUGGUUCGGCUGCUGCUGGAUAAUGGGAUCAACGCCCACGUGAGGAACACCUACAGCCAGACGGCCCUGGACAUCGUGCACCAGUUCACCACAUCCCAGGCCGGCAAGGAGAUCAAGCAGCUGCUGCGAGAGGCCUCAGCAGCUCUGCAGGUCCGGGCAACCAAGGAUUAUUGCAAUAAUUAUGAUUUGACCAGCCUGAACGUGAAAGCUGGGGACAUCAUCACAGUCCUUGAGCAGCAUCCAGACGGCCGGUGGAAGGGCUGUAUCCACGACAACCGGACAGGCAAUGACCGGGUGGGCUACUUCCCAUCCUCCCUGGGCGAGGCCAUUGUCAAGCGAGCAGGCUCCCGAGCAGGCACCGAACCAAGCCCAACCCAGGGAGGCAGCACGUCGGGACCCUCUGCACCCCAUGAAGAGAUCUGGGUGCUGAGGAAGCCUUUUGCAGGCGGGGACCGCAGCGGCAGCUUGAGCAGUGUGUCUGGUGGCCGGAGCAGUGGGGCCCACACCCUGCACGCAGGCUCUGAAGGGGUCAAGCUCUUGGCCACAGUGCUCUCCCAGAAGUCUGUCUCCGAGUCCAGCCCUGGGGACAGUCCUGUCAAGCCUCCGGAGGGCUCUGCAGGCGCGGCCCGGGCCCAGCCUCCAGUGGCCCACGCUGGGCAGGUCUAUGCGGAACAGCCACCCAAGAAGCCGGAGCCAGCGGCAGAGGGCAAGAGCGCUGAGGCUGUUAGCCAGUGGCUCGCCACGUUCCAGCUACAGCUGUAUGCCCCCAACUUCCUCUGCGCUGGCUACGACCUGCCCACCAUCAGCCGCAUGACCCCCGAGGACCUCACGGCCAUCGGGGUCACCAAGCCGGGCCAUCGGAAGAAGAUCACAGCAGAAAUCAGUGGCCUGAGCAUUCCCGACUGGCUGCCUGAGUGCAAACCCGCUAACCUGGCCAUGUGGCUAUCCAUGAUUGGCCUGGCCCAGUACUACAAGGUCCUGGUGGACAACGGCUACGAGAACAUCGACUUCAUCACGGACAUCACCUGGGAGGACCUGCAGGAGAUUGGAAUCACCAAGCUGGGACACCAGAAGAAGCUGAUGCUGGCAGUGAGGAAACUGGCAGAGCUGCAGAAGGCAGAGUACGCCAAGUAUGAUGGGGGACCCCUGCGCCGGAAGGCGCCGCAGUCACUUGAAGUGAUGGCCAUUGAGUCACCGCCCCCACCUGAGCCUGCCCCAGCGGACUGCCAGUCUCCUAAGAUGACCACUUUCCAGGACAGCGAGCUCAGCGGUGAGCUGCAGGCUGCCAUGACUGGCCCAGCAGAGGGGGCCACUGCUACUGCUGAAAAGCCCUCCAAUCACCUGCCGCCCACUCCAAGGGCUUCCAUGCGUCAGGAACCCAGCCUGGGUGGGCGGGCACGGCACAUGAGCAGCUCGCAGGAGCUGCUGGGUGAUGGGCCCCCUGGGCCUGGCAGCCCCAUGUCACGAAGUCAGGAGUACCUGCUGGAUGAGGGGCCAGCCCCUGGUACCUCGCCCAAGGAGGCUCGGCCUGGCCGUCACAGCCACAGUGUCAAGCGGGCCAGUGUGCCCCCAGUGCCUGGUAAGCCACGGCAGGUCCUUCCACCAGGUUCCAGCCCUUUCACACCACCCCAGACUCCCACUAAAGCUCGGCCAGGUUCCCCCCAGGCCCUGGGGGGGCCUCAUGGUCCAGCCCCAGCCACCGCCAAGGUGAAGCCCACCCCACAGCUGCUGCCACCAACAGAGCGACCCAUGUCACCCCGCUCGCUGCCUCAGUCACCCACACACCGCGGCUUUGCCUAUGUGCUUCCCCAGCCUGUGGAGAGCGAGGUGGGGCCAGCUGCUCCAGGGCCUGCACCUGCUCCUGCCCCCGUGCCCAUGCUGUGCCUGCCCCCUGAGGCCGAUAUGGAGCCAGGGCGGCCCAAGAAACGUGCCCACAGCUUGAAUCGCUAUGCAGCGUCUGACAGCGAGCCGGAGCGGGACGAGCUGCUGGUGCCCACCGUUGCGGGGCCCUAUGCCACAGUCCAGCGGCGUGUAGGCCGAAGCCACUCAGUGCGGGCACCUGCUGGUGCUGACAAGAACGUCAACCGCAGCCAGUCCUUCGCUGUGCGCCCCCGAAAGAAGGGGCCUCCACCACCCCCUCCGAAGCGCUCCAGCUCAGCCAUGGCCAGUGCCAACCUGGCUGAUGAGUCGGCACCAGAUGCUGAGACUGAGGGGGCUGGGACAGAGGAUGGCCGGCUGGGGGUCCGGGCACAGCGCCGGCGGGCUAGUGACCUGGCUGGCAGUGUGGACACAGGUAGUGCUGGCAGUGUGAAGAGCAUUGCAGCCAUGCUCGAGCUGUCAUCCAUUGGGGGUGGGGGUCGGGCAGCCCGUAGGCCCCCUGAGGGCCACCCCAUGCCUCGCCCUGCUAGCCCGGAGCCAGGCCGGGUGGCCACGGUAUUGGCCUCAGUGAAGCACAAGGAGGCCAUCGGGCCUGACGGCGAGGUGGUGAACCGGCGCCGCACCCUCAGUGGGCCCGUCACAGGACUUCUGGCCACUGCCCGUCGGGGGCCUGCGGAACCGGCAGGGCCUGCAGAUCAUGGCCAUUUUGUGGAGGAUGGCACUGCCCGGCAGCGGCCUCGAGGUCCGGCCAAGGGCGAGGCGAGUGGGGAGGGCCCGCCCCUGGCCCGGGUGGAGGCCAGCGCCACACUCAAGAGGCGCAUACGAGCCAAGCAGAGCCAGCAGGAGAAUGUCAAGUUCAUCCUGACUGAGUCUGACACAGUCAAGCGGCGGCCAAAGGCCAAGGAGCGGGAGGCAGGUCCUGAGCCACCCCCACCACUGUCUGUGUACCAGAAUGGCACAGGCACGAUGCGCCGCCGACCAGCCUCUGAACAGGCUGGGCCCCUGGAGCUGCCCCCACCACCCCCACCCGCCGAGCCCCCACCCUCUGACCUGAUGCACUUGCCCCCGCUGCCCCCACCAGACAGUGAUGCCCGGAAGCCAGCCAAGCCGCCUGUCUCUCCCAAGCCUAUCCUGGCUCAGCCGGUGCCCAAGAUCCAGGGGUCGCCCACGCCUGCCUCCAAGAAGGUACCACUGCCAGGUCCAGGAAGCCCAGAGGUGAAGCGUGCUCAUUGCACGCCGCCGCCCGUGUCUCCCAAACCGCCGCCGCCGCCCACUGCGCCCAAGCCGACCAAGGCCGCGGCGGGGCUGCAGUCAGGCAGCGCCAGCCCGUCACCCUCGCCCUCGCCGGCGCGUCAGCCGCCCGCCGCCCUCGCCAAGCCGGCCAGCACGCCGCCCUCUCUGAGCGCCAGCCCAGCCAAGCCCCCGUCUCCCGGCGCGCCGGCGCUGCACGUGCCGGCUAAGCCGCCGCGUGCGGCCGCCGCCGCCGCUGCCGCUGCUGUCGUCGUGGUCGCCGCCGGGCCUCCCGCCGCGCCCGACGGCGCCUCGCCUGGGGACAGCGCCCGGCAGAAGCUGGAGGAGACGAGCGCGUGCCUGGCGGCGGCGCUGCAAGCCGUAGAAGAAAAGAUCCGGCAGGAGGACGCGCAGGGCCCGCGCCCAUCGGCCGCGGAGGAGAAGAGCACCGGCAGCAUCCUGGACGACAUCGGCAGCAUGUUUGAUGACCUGGCGGACCAGCUGGACGCCAUGCUGGAGUGACGCGGCCCACGUUGAGCAUGCCCGCGCCACCGGGGCUCCGGCCUACACACUGACCUUUACCUCAGGAUGGGCACCUCUGGGCGAGGCGCGAGUGAGCAGGGCGGUGGGCCAACGGGGGGCCGGGUGCAGAGGACUGCCCGUCAGACGGCCGUGGCUAUGAGGCGGGGGCGGGUCGUGCUGCCCAGCCCCUGCACAAGCACAACUCCUGCCCCCUGGGCCCAGGCAGGAUGCCCAGCCUGGAGGACUGCCUGGCCAGGGGACCCAAGGGCUCUGGACAGAUGCUGCUGCCCUGUGGGUGCCCGUCCCUGUCUGCUGCUCCCUGUGCAAUAACUGCUGGGCCACCUGCCCACGCCCUUCCAGGCUCCGCCCACUGUAUGUGCAGGAGGGGCAGUCCCUGGCCCCUGUCCUGAGUACAGGCUGGGCCUGCCCUGGCAGGCAGCGAGAGGGGACAGCUGCUGUAGGCCCCUUCCCAAUCUGUGGCAGAGCACAGGCCUAUGCCCAGCACAGAACUGCCCAUUGGGGACCUCUGCCAGCCACUCUGGCACAGCACAAGGGGCUGGGGUCGGGCCCCCGGCCCCAACGUACCCCCCAGAAUAUAAGCUAUUGAGAGUAUUAAUUUAUUGGGAAUGAGCUGAGGCAGAUUUCCCCAGAGAAACAAAAAGGUAUAACUUUAACAAAUAUAUAUUUAAAGAAAAAAAUAUUAUUGAUUCUAUAGAAAACCAUUUACCAACUGCAAGGACACUGGAGUCUAGCUCGAGACAAAAGCUGUUAGAGGCCCUGGCCGUUGUCUGUCCAUCCUUCCGUCCAGGAGUGGCCAGACCCCUGGCCCAGUAGCACAAAAAGGAGGCUGGGGUCUGGGGAAGGGUCCAUGCACCACCAGGGCCUCCUCUGCCCUCUCCUAACUUCUCUGCGUCUGAAGAACUCAAAGGAUGUGCCUUGCUGCUGGGCUGUGUCCUCCAUGCCGUGGACAUGGGAGGGCUCCCUCCUUUCUGGGGGGUGCUGGUGUGAGGGUCCUCCUGGGCUUUACGGGAGCUGUGCACACCGCGUGGUGAACAUGGCACGUCAGCCAAGUGAUAGCAGUGGGUGCUGGGCGUGCAUGCCAGGCUGUGUGGCACAUGGGAGGGUGUGCCGGACCCUCCUUCUCCAGGCCCGGAGCAGGCAGCCAGCCCACCCCCCCCCUCGAGUUCCCACGGACGCUUCCGCUCGUGGUCCAAGGCUAUGUUGUGUGGUUGUUCCUGCCUCUUUCUCUCUCUUUCCUCUCCCCUCGCCCCUCCAAAAAGUAUUGACUGGCCUCCUCUAUUGUGUUUGCUGAUCCACGUGUGUUGGGCACAACUUUGACAUUUCUUAAAAAAAAAAAAAAAGUUAAAAAUGCCAAAAACCAGCGAUUGUGAUGUGGGUGGGUAGAAGGGGUCAGCCGAGGUGACGUCUGGGCAUGUGAAGCCCCUUCCAGCUGUCACGCCACGAUGCUUCCCUUAGUGGAUGCUUCCCCUAGUGGACGGUAAGCACCUGGCCAUCCGCCCAGGCUGGGGCUCCAGCAGGCAGGGAGGGGGGUCUGGGCAGGGAGCUACUGUUGGCUGGCUGUCAAUAAACAGCAGAAAACGGA